AUGGCACCCAAAGCACUCUUCAACCUUCUCCUCUUCUUGCUUGUGAUCACAGGCGGAAGUUCAGUGCAGUAUUUCUACUACCUGAAUCAAUGCCCUUACACAGUGUGGCUUGCUGCAAGCCCCGGUAUUGGCGAUUUGAUGCCGGAAAGGCCACCUUACACUCUGUACAUCUUCCCCACACCAGAUCAGUGGAACGGCAGCAUUUGGGCCCGGACCAAGUGCUCCACUGAUGCUUCACUGCAUUUCUCGUGCGAAACCGGAGAUUGCGGGUCCGGCACAAUCGAUUGCCAAUCUCCACCUCCCAAAUACCCUGUCACCCUACUCAAUUUCGGCAUCGACCAAUCAGUGGUCUCCUACGAAGUAAGCUUGAACCACGGAUACAAUGAUGUCCCGGUUCGGAUCGAACCGAUUGGUGGGACUCUAGAGGGGCGCUCUGACAAAUGCCCCACGGUUGACUGCAUCCAGGAUCUUAGCAACGUGUGUCCGUCUACGUUGGUGGCCAAGAACAAGGACGGUUGGGCCGUGGGGUGCUUUAGCCCAUGUGAUGCAUUCAAGGAUCCCCAAUUCUGUUGCACCGGAAACUUCAGUGGGCAGGCAUGCCAGCCCAAUGAAUACUCCAAGCGUUUUAAGGAACUGUGCGGCCUGGCCCACACUUACCCAGCUGAUAAAACCCCUGAAAUUUAUCGCUGCAAAGAUGCUGCUUCCUACAAUAUAACCUUUUGUCCUUGA